GCUCCGCAGCACGGGCGCAUGUCGGAGGAGAGCCCCCGAGAGUGCGCGGUGGCUGCGGAGCCCCGGGCCCCCACGCCCCCGGCCCCCGCGCCCCCGCAGAGGACCAGCGACUACUACCGCGUGGACGAGGGCCUGCCGGCCAGGUUCAAGAACCCGGCGUGGUUUCGGGGCUAUGGGACCAAGGAGCCUGUCUCGGUGUACAGGACCAGUAACCAAGCUUAUGGGAGCAGAGCCCCCACUGUGCACGAGAUGCCGAAAGUAUUUUAUCCAAAUUCGAACAAAUUUUCCAGACAACUUGCAGCUGGUGGAAUGUUCCGGAACAAUACUUUCAACGUCUGCAUGGAGAAGAGCAUUGUGACAGGUCCCGACAACUACAUCACCUCCUAUGACCGGUUCAACUUCCACCCCAGUUACAACAUCAACAAGCCAUCCAUCUGUGAUUGAGGGGCCUCCUGAUGCCCUCAGGGAUGAAGUGUUCCCCGUACUCUCUCAUCAUUUGCCCAGUUGUCAACUUCACUGCUUUUCCUGAAAGUGUUUUUUCUCUUUAGAUUAGAAAAAUAUGCAGACGGGGCUCUUAAUGCCCUGUUCGCUCUGUUUCACGUCUAAGAUGGAAAAGAUGCUAAUAGCUUGACCUUGCAUUAAACACAUUGCCACAUCCUGAA